GCAUGCGCUGAAGAUAUGGAAGUAACACCGCCAUACUUGUUAAGGGAAAUAGGGAUGUGUCUGCUAAGGUAUAUGAUGAUGAUGGACGAUGGAAAAUAGAUAGCACAGCAACAAAUAGCUAGAUGUCGGCGGCACUGUCCAUGUUUAGAAAGACUGCCGGUCAUGGCGAUGUAAGAAAAUCGGCUCAGAAGGUUGCAGAUACAAAAAAAGACUCGAUUACUCGACUGAAACAUCUACGUUCAGUGCUCGACAAUUAUGACACACAAGAGGCAAAGAAGUUCUUUCAGGACAAUUACUCCCACAUAUACUACAUCUUCUAUGACAACUUUGGAUCAGUUGAAGCCGACUUGAAGCAAAGAGCAAACAAAACUCACCGGGAAGAGCUUGAGGGAAUUCUUCACAUAUUCGAGAGAAUCCUGUUCCUUCUUCCAGAAUUAGUCCAUAAGCGAUGGAUGUUUCACAGUAUUGGUCGAAUUUUGAAGAAAUUACUGCAUCCUGGAAACAGCUUACAGCUUCGUCGACAAGGUGUUCGCCUGUUCCUUGUCUGGUAUCAAAUACUACAAGAGAAUGCAUCAGAUGAAUGCCACCAGAUUUUUGAGCAUCUUGUGCCUGGGUUAGGAGAUGGUGAUCUACAUGAUCUUUUCAACUCCAGAGCUGUAUGCACUCCAGACAUUGAACAGCAACUUUCAAUAAACAGACCCGCAAGCAUAAGUGGCAUGAUUGCAGCUGGGGAAAUCACACCUAUUCUGCCUAGUACAUCAGAAAAACCACCAGAGAAUACCACAAAGUAUUUUCUAGAUCAUUUACUCAACUACAUGGUGUCAGAGGUGAUCAAGAUAGAGUGGAUGAACAAAGAAAUGAGGGAGAUUAGCUUUACAUUUCUUUUCAACAAAUUUAAAUCCAAAUACCUUACAUGGCUACUACCAGAGUUCCAUGCGAGAGAUAUUUAUGAACCAGUAUUAGAGUUGCCAAGAGAAAGAAGUGAAGAAGAGAUGCAUUUGAAAGAUGAGCCAGCCAAUGUAGCUGAAUGUAGAGACUCAUUUAUUAUCUGGCUUGCCAACUUUACCAUGACAAGUCGUCGACAAGACCAAGAUCUAAUCAAGGGUUUAUCCUGUUCUGCUCUGACUGAAACUCCACCUGGUGUGGGGGAUGACUCAAAAGACAGCAUAGAGGCAAAGGGAGAUAAUCAAGAUCUUUCAUCAAACUCACGAACUGGCACAUCUGGGGAGUAUAUGGGCACAGCAGAUCAUGACUCCAUUCAUUCUAGUCAAGCUGGUGAUGACCACAGCAAUACUGAGUAUGAAAUUGUACGAUCGGUGCUGUACUCUAGCAGAGAAAACGUCAAUAUUGUGCAUGAGUGCUUUAGGCAGGCCUUGCUGUUCUCCUUCAAGCACACCGCAGCCAUUAGGAAGGUUGUUAUUGUAUAUAAAGAAUGGUUUCAGCAUGCAGACCAAAGGCCUGUGUUUAUGCUGGAGCCAGGGGAGAGUACAGUUGGCCUGGAGCCUCGAGAAAUGGCAGACUGUCUGCACAAUAGUCUUUCAGAUAUCAUGGAGGAGGAGGGGCCCUCCUCAGAUGAUUCUCCAAGUGCCAGUGCAUUGUCAUUGCACCAGCUGGGUAUGAUGACAGACCACCAGCGCUACCGCAGAAAUCGAUCAUACCUUGGUGCUGUGGCAGAGUUGGCUGAUAUUGGCUCUGACCGAGGGCAGGACAUACGUGCAGGAUUGCAGCGUAUCCUGCAAGUGUUUAUCACUAAUGCUGCAAACAUAUUUCUCUUGACUACUGCAGAUGCAACAAGUCUGCAAGAUCAAGUUGAUCUAUGCAAAAGGGUGCUCAACAUUUAUCGCCACGUGGUGAUGAAUACACAGAUGAACCAAAGAACAUGGGAACAAAUGCUGAAAGUACUGCUAUGCAUCACAUCUGGAGUAUUGAAGAGUGAACCACCAAAAGAGCGACAUCGUACACUUGGGGGACGGCUGGCGCAGCCCAUCUUCCAGACAUUAAUCGUGACAUGGAUUAAGGCAAACCUCAAUGUGCCAAUCUCUGUGGAGCUGUGGGACGAAUUUCUUGCUGUCCUGUCUUCUCUCACAUCGUGGAUCGAGCUCAUCCGGGAGUGGUCUAAAACCAUGGAAACACUGACAAGGGUUCUUGCACGGCAAGUGUAUGGCCUAGACCUGCAGGAUCUACCAUUAGAACGGUUGAGUGAACAGAAAGAGAAACGAAGACGAGGGAAAGAAUCAACAAAGAUGAAAUCUGCAACUGACAAGAGCUUUUCUCGUGGCUGGAGCCGAAGUGAUGGGCAGAUGGCAAACACAUUGCGUGGUUCUACCAACAGUGCCCCUGCACCUGAGACUUCUUCUUUGGAACGUGGACGGUUUAAGAGUGAUGGUGCAGGAGGUAGCCGGGUACGGCCAGAUCUGACCAAACAGAGAUCGCUUAGUGGAGAGCCAUCACCAUCUCACUCACGGUGUGGUUCAAAUGCUGCAGAAAUGCUAGUUCGCAGCAGCAGUGAAGGAAACAUAACGGAUCCUCGAGACCUGAUCGAGAAACUACGAGGUGCAAGCUUUAUUAGCGAAAGUAACAGCAAUGCCACUGCAGAGCCUGAGGCCGAUAAUACCAUGUUAACAGCAUGUGACGUGCUAGAUAGCCAGCCUGCCCAGCCACAACCACUGGUGUCAUUAUCUGGGGCCAGUCAGGCCGUAGAGGACCAAGAAGUGACAGCAAUUACAGCUGUGUGCACAGCUGAACUAGCAGCAAUGCCCUGUGACCAUAUUCUCCAUCACCAGCAUCAUCCGGCUCUGUAUCAGUCUUCCAGACAAUCAAGGAGUCCAUCUCCAACAUCCAUGCACUCAGCACAGUCCAAGUCAGGUAGUCGUACCCCAUCACCCACAAGUGAGCUCAUAUCAGAUGCCCAGCCCAAGGACAGCCCUACACCAGACCGUGAUAGCUUGCAUAUAGAUAUGGUUGCUUCAAAUCAAGAUACCACAAUGAACAGAGAUUCAUUUCUGGAAAUGAAGAGUGUCAUGGCAGGGGGCAACCUUCCAGGCUGGACACCUGAUGUCGCUGUGGUUUUGUGGCAACGAAUGCUGGGCAUUCUUGGGGAUGUCAACAAAAUUGAGGACCCUGAAAUUCAUGCCACAGUCUUUGACUACCUCUGUGAUCUCCAAGACACCCUUUUCCGGAUAAGUGAUAAUCAAGGAGUCACCCCAGACAACAUGUCUACUCCCCCACCAUCUGAGCUUAUCCCACCAACACAUAUCUUUGCUUCAUGGUUGUUUGAGUGCCUACAACUAAGUGACAAAUUCAAAAAGGGAAAGUUAUUAGCAUAUCAGUUGAUCUGUCAAAUGAUGCUACGGCCGCAUGAAGUUUUACCAUCACGUCCUCUGCUGGCACGUUUCUACAAUGUGCUGCACAUUGGGCUCAUUUCAAAUGAUCAGGAUGUCCCUAAUGCCCUGGUCAGCAAUUGUGGACCUCGUUUUUUCUCUAUGCUCUUGCCUGGCUCAUUCAUGCUUAUACCAGAUUUUAUCAGUGCAGCAGGGACAAUUAUCUCUGCCUUAGACUACAAGAAGCCUCCUAGAGCUGAAGCGGUCUCAAUUCUGGGAACACUGCUAUCCUUUCCCAACCACUACGGAAAUAUGGUGGUUCUGGAACCUAAGACAUUGACCACAACCACAUUGCUGGCUGAUGAGCUGAAGGACCUCAUUGUGGAUAUGCUGCUAAAGGCUGGAAAACGGGAGCCAGCUGGUCUGGCCAGGUGUGUGGCUGUUAGCAGUAUUGGUAUUUUCCUUUAUGGAGAACUGACACAUGGCACCCAUCAUCCCAAGAUGAAGGAGGCAAUUAAUGUACUUCUGGGUGCCCUGAUGUGCAUCAACAAAAAAGUUGCCAAAAUUGCUUCGGAUAUGCUCAUGUUGUUGUGCGAUCACACAGAACGCCUGCUUCAAUAUCACCCACAUAUGCCAAAGAAAAUCACAGAGGCCAUUGCUACUACUGUAUCAUCCCUGAUCCAAUCCCAAGAAGGAAACAAAUCAGACGAAGAAAAAAGGCUGAUUGUGCUGAUGAUGUUUUGCAUGGUGGAGUGGUGCAUGCAAAUGCCUUUGACGUUGUUGAUGGAGUCGAGCAACUCUGAGAAGUGUUGUCUUCAUAAAGUUUUCAGGGUGCUUCACUCCGCUGUAACCGGACAUAGUUCUUCAUCUUUAUCAAGGGUCAGCAAAUCUCUUGCUGACUUCAUGCAGGACACUGAUUUUAACAACAUUUGGGAUUCUCAGUCUCAAGAACGCAAGCCUGCCAACGGUGUAACUGUUGAUCAGGCUACUGAGACUUAUAAGUCAGCCAUCUUGUCUGUACCAAAGACAGAGACGGAUAUAGUCAAACUGGCAGCAAGAUCAUUGAUGACCCAUCUGGUCAAUCAUCUGAGCCACUUCCCUAUGGGCCUGGGGGCUGCAAGACUCCACAGCACAAUACAAGAGCACCAUGACUUGCCUGAUAUGAUUGAAGAUGAUCUCAAACCAGAUAUCUUUGGUGCUCCUAAUGUCCAGUUAUUUAUUCUCAACCAUCGAUGCCUGAUUUCCUUUGUGGAGCUUCCAGCUGUGGAUGCUCCUGGCGGAGGAGUGACAGCAGGACUGACAACAGCUCGCACAGUGUGCAGGAUAAUUGUGCGUGAUCUAAGUGGAAAGUACUGCUGGGAAAAUUCUGUCCUGUACAGCCCACCAUGGUGUACCAAAGAAUCUUCAAGGCAAAAUGCCCAGAUACUUCUAGGAAUGGCUACUGGCCAUGAGCUUGAGCCUCUUGUCAUCCAGGAGGAUUUAGAUGUACCACAACAGGAACUAUCACCUCGGCGAAAAGCUUCAGAACUUCCCAUUUUUGAAUCUUCUUCUGAGCUGGAUGACAACUUAAAUGAUGUUUUGCGCUUUGUUGGGGAGACAAGUCCUGAAUGCCUGCUGCAGACUGGCAGACCUCUUAACAUACCAGCACCUCUACCAGAGGUCCUAAGUGCACCUGCUGAGUCAGGCCUGACAGAAAUGGUGCAGCACCAGAGGGAGGCAGAGACGGCUUACUACAGCAAGCACAAGUGCGACCACAGCCAAGUGGAAUCCCAGAACAUGCUGGCCAAGCCCCAGAUGCCUACAGAGAUUGAAGACCCGGUGUCUCCAUUCCAAAUGUGUCGUAUGCUUCUUGACCAAGUGGGGCUUCUUUCAUGGGAGAAGCGAUGCCAUUUUGACUUGCUGAAAAAGAGUGAUAAGCUCCUUCGGGAACUGAAAAACCUGGAUGCACAGAGAUGCCGAGAGACACACAAGAUAGCAGUAAUAUUCGUUGCAGAAGGACAGGAAGACAAAAAUUCUAUUCUGUCCAAUUGUGGGGCCAGUCGUGCUUUUGAAGACUUUGUGGCUGGACUAGGCUGGGAGGUUGACCUGGAGAGCCACCAGGGCUUCUUGGGUGGACUGCAGCAAAACAAGACAACUGGAGAUACAGCCCCCUACUAUGCUAACUCAACUUGUGAAGUUGUGUUCCACGUAUCUACACGUAUCCCAUGCACUGGCAAUGACUGGCACAUAAAGAUGCGACAUCUAGGCAACGAUGAAGUUCAUAUCGUCUGGUCAGAACAUUCACGGGACUACAGGCGUGGCAUCAUCCCUACAGAGUUUGGCGAUGUCAUUAUUGCAAUCUACCCGUUGUCUAAUGGACUGUUCCGCAUUCAGAUCAACAGGAAGCCAGAGAUUCCAUUCUUUGGACCACUGUUUGAUGGUGCUAUAGUGGACUUCAUGGUUCUUCCUGGUCUUGUACGUGCUACUGCCAUCAACGCCAGCAGGGUCAAGCGCUCUCUCAUGCCUUUUUUCCAUGCCUUCUAUGAGGAGCGUGCCAAGUGUCUGGAAGCAAUCAUUCAGCAGCACACUGAAAACACUACAUUUGAAGAGUUUGCAGCCAACGUCUUUGCCCCCGUUUUGCCAAGCAAUGCUGCAAUUGUGGAUGGUAUCCUUCCAUCAGAACCUAGCAGCUCCAGUCUGUCCGAAGUGCUGCAGUCAGAAGCUCCCAUGCAGCUCUCACCCAACACAUCCCGCCAGCGAGCAACAAGAUUUAGUCUUCCAAACAUUGCAAGUGAAAUCACCCCCUUGGACACAGGCCCCAAUGUCACAGACAGGCUAGCACGGACUGCCCGCAGACUCUCCAUGAAGUCACGAAAAUCUUCAGGUCCCAAGCUGUCUCUGCCUCCUGCCUCACCGCCCAGCAGCCCCAGCGACAAGCAGAAAAAGCGACAAACUGCCAUAUCAUGACGAAAAUAUAACAAAAAUGAAAAGAAAAAUGAGAAGCACUAAAUACACUUCUUUCAAAGAUAGUAUUACUCAUGGUUACAAAUUUGUUAGGCAUCAUACAGAGUAUUUCACUCUCAGGAUUCUUAACAUAUCAAGCGGAGGGUUGAUGAGCAGAUGGAGGAUAAAUUUAUUAGUGGCAUGCUAUAGCUUUUGCACUUGUAAUGCGGAAUUCAUGGGAGACUGUUUACAGCUGUUUUCUAGCAGGUAUUUUUACUAGCUUUAUUUGUGCUUCUCAUACAGUAGCAUAGGUGUUGACUGUCAAUUGUGCAUUUGCAUUCAUUUAUGGGUAUGUCUAUGCACAUGUAUGCACGCACAGUUGUACAAACAUGCUUAUGCCUACUAAAGCUUUAUUACCACUUUAGAAUGAAUUGUUUGAAAGGACAAUUUUUCAUCUCAGCAAGUUAGACCUCUGGGAUGAUUUCUUCUAAACAAGUUUUUAUUGUUCUUUGGCCAUGUGAUAUUGUCCAGCAGUAACUGAAAAAACAUGUCACCUACUUGUGUGGUACACUUGUAUUGUGGAAUCAUCUUGCUUUCAAAAAUCAUUACAGUGAUACUUUGGGGAUAGGGCUAUCAUCAUGGUUGCACUUACUUCAUUGGAAACACAAAAAUCCCUUGUCACAGCAGAGCUAAAAGAUAUUUCAUGCAAAUCUUGAAACAGUUGUGCUAAUAAUGCAGGUGAGAGGAUAAACCUUUCUACAAUCUUUCAUCUCAAGAAGUCUCAUCGGAGAGAGCAGACAAUAAGGCACAGCGACAAUUUCUUAAACCCCAUUUUGUUGACACAUUGUGAGUUUCUGGAUCAUCUUAGAUAAACAGAAGGUUGAAGUAGAAUGACAUUUUUGUUGUUGUCAUCUUUCUACAGAGAUCAGUGUUACACAAACUGUACACUUGGGGAUUUAAAAAAAAAAGCCAACCUGAUAAUGAAGGGCUAUUGUUCUCCUGAUUAUGCUGCCUUCUUUGACAGAAACUCUGAAUCUCCCACUGUAAUAAAUGUCCUAAAACAGUUGUAUUUUUGCAAUUUUUAGAAUGCAUUUCAACCUUUACUCUUUGUCACUGCUGUCAACACAACUAAAACAAAUGCUAUAUAUCAUCCAUAAUGGUGUGUACAUUUUACUCAUUCUUCUACAACAAUAUUGAGCCACAAAAUAUCAAAUAUACCUAGACUUUUUCUAAAGUAAAAAGAAUUCUAGUUUUAAUCUGUAAGUUAAAUAAUUUACAUUAGUAUCAGUAAUGUAUCAUGUUGUGCAAUAUAUUUUUUCCAGAAAAUGAUUUUAUAUUGAGAAAAAAAUAUAUUACAUUGACAAGAGAUUAACUGUUUUCUGCCUGUCUUUCUGUACCAUGCAUGCACUGCAGGUCCAAUUCUCCACUUUUUUUUUCAUGUCUGCAAUCAACAUAUUUGUACCAGGGAUAGAAAAUGAAUAUAUGACAUACAUUUUUGAAUGGUUGUUGGUUGAAAACAUGACUAAUCAUCUGGAUUUCAGGUCAAGAACAAGCCCUGUAAAAUUUUAAACAAAAACAGACAUGAACAUAUAUCUGAAAAUAGUCUGAUAGUAGUCCACAAAUGGCAAACUAUUGUAUUAUACUUUACUGAAUGAGAUUGGCUUUUGGCUGGAUGGCUUUGUGAUAAACGGACAAUCGUGAGGUGACGGCGUUUUGUUUUCCUUUUUUUUUUCAGAGGGAAAGAUGUAUGGCUUAUUUUGUUAGGGGCAUAUUAUUUAUUUCUACCUUCACUCUGUUUUGAUAUGAAAUAAUUUUUUGCAAGGUUGGUUUAUUGUGAUAUGCAGUGUUCUUUGCUAUUGUAAUGGCAUCUGGGCUUUUGAAUUAAUGCUUACAACGUGUGCUAGCAUCCUUCAGCAGAUGUGUGAUGUGAAAUACAAAGUAAACUUAGUCAUGUUACACAAGUGUCCAGCUCAGUAGAUUUCACCAAAAUUGUGCAAUAGCUAAAGGUUGCACUGCUAAACUUGGAAGGUAUUAAUAGUUCAUAUUUUUUAAGCUGUGCUUACAUAUAUUUCUGAUAAACACAGUUUUAAACAAGCAAUAUGAUUACUAGAAGAUUGCUGAAAAUUUUCAAGCUUAACUUCAACUUUUCUUUUAAAUAUUAUGCACACACACUCUUUCUCAUGAUGCUGCAAAUUUGAAUAAUAAUAGAAUGGUAGUGUCCGUUACAUUACUGAAUCAUUAUAGUACUUCUCAGCUUGCUUGUUGACAGUAUUUGAAAAAAACAUUUUUCCUUCCUGUUUUCCUGCCCCCUUCCUCUUUUGCCCACCUCUUCCUUUUUCUUCACUCUUAUUUCUGUUGUUGAUUUAAUGUACACAUCACAUACAUAUCUUGGAUUAAUAUAUUCUCACCACUAGUUUUCAGUCAUUAGUUUCCAAAGCACCUAGAUUUUGACAUAGUAGAAACAAUUUUCCAUUAAGAGAGCAACAAUACAAUUUGUUUGUUUGCUUGAGUUUUUUAAAAUAUUUAUGUGCAUCAUUAUUUUACAGAAAUAUUUUAGUAAGUGUGGUAUAUUAAUCCAUUAUCACUUAGCAUCUAACUGCUGUCAGCAUUACUUGGCUUUAGUCUUAUGAAAAGUAAUUGCAAUGAUAAUGUGAACUAAAGCUUUCAUGUGCAAUCCUCAUCCAGCUCAGGCAAACUUUGUUGAUAUUAUUACAGAUUAGAACCAAGAAUUGUGUGUAUGUGUGUGUGCUCAUCUGACUGAAAAAUAGUAUUGAACUUGUAUUAUCUGUAAAUGAACAUUUGUAUAGUUUGAAAUGAGGAUAGGUGUACAUUGUCAAUGUGAAAAGAAGCCAAAACAAGAGAGUAGAAGCUGUGGGUAGGUAAGGCUAGGUUUUUGUAAAGCAUGUGUUGUUCAGACUCGAGAAACAUUAUACUGACACUUCAGAGAUGUAAAGUAUGUCUAGCUUAGACUUAAUCACUGACAGAGCAUAAUGUCAAGAUGAACUUUAACAUAUUUUGUAUGAGGCAUAAGACCAUCAAAUCAGGAUGGAAAGAUGAUGAAACUGUUACAGUCUUUUAAUGAUGUAGUCACAGUAACUCUCAGCUCUAGCUCUGGUGUCAGCUGAUCCAUGCUGCUCUUGUUCUGCAGAAGGUAGAGGCUAGGCUGUUGUGGUCAGUCAGUUUUUAUCUCAAUUUAAUAGAUGAUUGAUAGUGCUCCAUUUGGAAGGAUCGUCUGUCAUCCACUCAUUGCCACUGUAGCUCCAGUGGCUACCGCUGGCAAAAUGAACUUCAUGAUUUUGAUCCAAUUUAUCAUUUCUUGAGAAUGAUUUUCCCACCAACAUUGUUUGUUGACUAUGCUUUUUUUUUCAUUUUUUCACCAGCAGGAUAAAAUGGGCAUUAAAACAAACACUUUAAAAUGUACUGAAUUAAACCUUAGCAUGUGCACUGACUCAAACAAGCAUGCAAAAUGUAUUUCACUCAAAUCAGCUUAGCAAUAUGUGAUGUGAAAGUAUACACACAAAAAGAUUCAGAAACUAUAUGACACAAAUCCGAAAAAAGGUAUUGAUGAUGUUCCUAGUAAGUUGCAAAUGGUAACAGUGUAUAAAACCAUGGAGCAUAUAAAAUUUUUGCUCCUUUCACCAGAUGGAUUAUUCAGAUUAAACAGAAGUAUAAUCAAAGAUUAUUGAGCUGAUAUAGAGAGAUUUGUGUAUUUGUAAUCAUGACAUAUGUGCAGAUAGAAAAGAUAGCAGUGAAAUGUUUGCUUGGUGUUAUAUGUAUACAUGCUUUGCUUUUGUUUGUUUUGUGCAUUGAUGACAAGUGGUACAUUUCAAGAAAUGUUCUCAACUGACCCAUGACUGUAAAAUUUGACAUCUGCUCAGCGUUAUCAUAACUCAAAGUGACCAAGCUGUGUAACAUCAACUGGUUUACCUGUAGUUUAAUGGCAAAGAAGAAGAAGAGGUUCUGUAGCCUGAUGGUUCUAAUGUUUACUUUCUGGUGUGAUGAGCUUGUGUAAAUCAAAUCACGUUUCUGUGAUACUCUUGUCUUCCUCCUGUCUUUUUACAUAUCUUUCUUCAGAUUAAAUAGUGAAAUCAAAAUCUGUCAGUUUUGAGUUACUUUCAUUGAAGUUCAUCUGCUCCAGCAGACUCUCAGUUCACUUGGGGCAUGUGCAUCGGCAUGCUGUGGUUAACAAAAGUGUGCUGAUCAUGUCAGAAAAAAACAACUAACUGCUACUCACUGUGCCAUGGCCUUCACCUGCAUGCUCAGCAUAAAAUCAUUAUCAUUUUUUUUUUUUUUUUCAGUCUUGCUGCUUUGUGAAGAUAUGCAAAUUUACAAGUGAUGGUAACCAGUAUUAAUACUGUAGUCUGAAAUGUUUGGAGCUGUGGAUUUUGUUUCACAGUUGAGUGCCUGGUGCUUCCAUUCUUAUAUUCUAGUUGUUUCAGCCUGCUCACCAUCUUGGACAUCUGAGACCACAAGUUUCCUUGCAUGUUUGAGAUGUCUGUGUAUCCUUUCUUUUUUGGCAUCAUCUAUACACUGGUAGAUUUUAUCAGUGUACCUAUGGGUGUUGUGGGGGAACUCUGUAUAUUUUACUCUCAUGACAAAUUGUUGUGCUGAACACAAAAAGAAUUAUCUUUUGUUUGUGUGUGAGAGAGAGAAAGAAGUUGAAAAUGUGAAUAUAGUUUUUUAUUACUGAUGUAAAUACAUGUAAACUUUGAAAAUCAUGUAGGAUGCCAAAUGUAUGAUCAUUAUAUCUGGAUAUACAACUGAAUAUGCUGCUGUUACGUAUUGUGUGGCAUGGGAUAAGGAAUCCAUUGUGUUGAAAGAUUUAUUUAUUUGUUUUAAUUUAAUUAACCUAUUUUUGAUUGGCAGAUUUUACGCUCAUGUGACAGCAUGUUAAAAUAACCUACUUUCUGUGUAGCUGAAAUGGUAUGAAAGAGAGGAAGAUGACUGAUAAUUUGGAGCAGCAUCUGACACAAAUUGUUUACCAGGCCCUAGUGGCAACUUUUACUCCUAGAUUUUAACUCCCAUUUUUCUUGUAUGCAAUUUAAGGGCAAGUCGCAUAUGUGUGAUUUUUUAUAAGUAACCUGCACACCAGUACCUUGUUAUUCAAUGACAACUGACUGAACUGUCAGGUAGAAUCUCGGGCUUGUUUAAAAUUUGUGGUCUUUUCUGAGCAUACACUGCUCAUAAACAACCAUAAAUGAUGUUUACCAAAAAAAGGAAAAGAAUGUGAGCAAUAAAGUAGAAGGAAUAUUGCAAGCUAGGUAACUACAACUGUAUCAUGUUAGGUAACAGCAGCCAUAUCACAUAGUUUUAAAAAAAAACUGAUAUAUGUAAAUGAACUAUUACAAAGGGGACAAGGUAAGCCAUGUACCUGUUGCUAACUUGGGGGGGGGAAAAAUUGGGGAAGUAGAUUGUCUAGUAGUUUGCAAGUGUCUGAACCAGACAACACAUACUAGUUGGUCUGAUACACCUGACCUUGUAUACCAGUUUACCCAGUUGUACUGCCUUUUAAAUUUUCCUUUGUAAUAUGAAAAAUGAUGUGAUGUGCUUGGUAUUCUUUGAUUGGGCAAGACUUUCUCUCAGUCUCUCUCCCCUACACAUACACUCUCUCUCUCUCACUGUUAUGGAGAACAGAGAAACUUAACAUGCAUGUACAGGUGACUAUUCAUGACAUCCAAGGAAAGAUCACGGUUCACCCAUGCUCCAAAAGUUCCCAACCAAACCAAAAAUGUUUCAGAUUCAGGACAAACAUUCCAGUGAAAGGUUUUUUUUUUACCCCACAUUCUAUGAACAGCCUACUACUACUAUCCCCUAACAUCUGCCGAUCUAGUUUUUCCGUUUCCUAUAAUUAUGAACACACAGGCUUGUAAAAAAUACAUUUAUUACUUUCCUCACUUUGUUUUGGCCCAUUUUGAACAGUGCAAUACAAUGGGCCAGCUUCAGCAAUUUGAGGACUUUAGCAAAGAUUAAAACAUGAAGCAAUCAGAUAUGCUGGAGGUAAGCCAGGCCCCAUGUGAGAGUUGAUGUGUGCUGUGUGGUUGGCAGCAUUGUGACACCACGACAUUUGCAGCGCCUGGUUAAAAAUGUAUCAGUUGUUUACCUUUUUUGCUUGACAUUCAUGAACAGUGGUUCCAUCUGGGUACUUGUUAUACUACUAACAAGACAUGAUGCUAAGCAUAUAUACUGACAACUGAAUAACAAGAUGCUGGUGUACCGCGUACUUGACUGUAGCUCUUAUAGCACUCUCAUGAUCCUGAACUAAUGUGUUUAUUUAUUGUUGAUUUAAAUGGAAAUAAUGCUACUCUUUAAUCAGUGUCUGUAUAAACUAUAUUCAUAUU